GGGGCCCAGCCUUCCACUUUCCAUUGUGCAUACACCAUCCGUACGCGGUAAUGCUUCAUGCCUCGGCGCGGUCUGCGUUCCUCACCUUUGUCAACAAAGCCAGCUCCACUCCCUCGCCACCGGCUUUCACGAUCUCUGCACCUCUGUUCCGCGCAUUUCUUCUGUUCACGCUUCGAUAGUCGCUGCUGCUUGGGUUCCAAGUUUAACAUGCACGGAGCUUCCUUUCAUGCCGCAUCAAUCGUCACCGCCCCGCCAAGAUGGCCGGGCCAAUCUCUCCUCCUCCUCGUUUUUCUCCAGCAAUUCCCAGUACACUGACGAGGACAUUGCAGUAAUUCAUGCGAUUGUUACCUCGGCAGAGGAACUAUUACCCACGCUCCCGGAAAGAGAGCGCCUCGCGACCAACGCUCUCUUUUUAGCGGCCGAGAUCGUUUUACCCCAGUAUGGCAUUGAUCCGGAAGAUGUGCCGUCGCACAUCUCUCGCCUGCUCUUCAAAAUUGGAGGCCAACGCUCGGGCGAAACGCUCGCCGACAAGCUCACGGCUGUUCUCGAAGGCAUGGGCAUUCGCUUAGAGAUUGUCUCGGACGAAUCUCUGUCUAAUACGACGUCUCUCGUGGUGGAUGACCACAGCCAUAACACUGGCAUCGGAUCCGGCCCACACCGCCUGCGACGCCAUAGUUCUGCUGAGCAGCCGACUGUGUCCACAGUCACCGAUGAACCAACUCGUGGUAUUCCUGUGCGCUUCUCCAACCGCGCGCGUCGUUCUAGCGACACUACAGUGCCCACCCCGGUCGAUCAUCCGCAUUCACUGCGGGAUCAAGAGCGUCGGGCUGCGGAAAUUCAGGCCUUGGAGGAAAAGUUGGAGCUGCUAAAGCAGCGGAAUACCCAAGAAUUGUUGAGGGAGGUCGUCGAAACUUGGCGCCAAGAAACCUUCGACAGCAAGCAACGAAGGCUGGAAGCCGAGGCUGUCGCUACCAAGUACGACAAUGAUGAUCUUCUGGGCGAGGUCCUUGAGAUCUGGAACCAAGAGGCUCUCGACGCCAAGCAACUGAGGCUUGAAGCGGAGGCUGUCGCUAAGCACGCGGCCUAUGUUGCGAGAAUGGAGAGGCGGGCCACCAGGGCCUACGAAAUAUUCACUGCUCGCAAUGUGUUGUCGCACUGGAAAGACCGUGCUAAAGAGGAGGUGGAGCGGACAGCAGUGGCACGUAGGCAUAUUGUGAGAAAGCGGGCGUUCGGGAGGUGGCAUAUACAGCAUGUCGAAGACGAGGCGAAGGUCCAAAACUUCAUUCUCUCUAAUACCCUCAAAAAGUGGGGUCAGGCGACGCUGCAUAACCAAGUACGGCACCAGGUCGCCGCCAAUUGGGCCGAGCAGAACCUCAGCGCCGACGCCUUGACUGCGAUGCUGGUCAAAACCAAAGAGGGCAUCGCGGAUGACUUUUAUCUUUCGGGCCUGGCCGAAGAAUGUUUGGACACGUGGGCCGCCAGAGCCAGGGAAAACCAGGAAAACCAUCACCUCGCCAGCGUAAUUGAUGAAAGACUCUGCCUGGACGAGGCAGUCAAUGUUUGGCACGAAGAGACCAUUGAGCACCAGUACGAUGCCUACGUACGGACUCAAUUGUUUCUAAUCCAAGGUUGUCAGAGGACCUUGACAGAUUGGCAGGAGCAAGCCAAACUGUCAAAGGUACUUAAGCAGUAUCGAGCCAAACAGGAGGAGGAUGCGAAGAACAGUGUUUUCCAAACCUGGCUCACGGCUCUCCAUGAAGCAAGACGCAACACGGCACUUGCAGACGCCUUCAUGGUUAAGGAACCUGCAGAGCACUGGGAACGUGAGACCAAGCUCAAGCUCUUUGUCCGGCGCGAUGAGGCGCAGACCAAACAGGCGGUCAUGGACCACUGGGCCCUAGAGGAAAAGCUCGCUUGGUACAGGCGACAUGAUGAGAACAGGACCAAAAAGCAGGUGCUGGCCUCAUUUUUCUCGGCAGCCAAACAAACACGAAGCCAACGGCUUCGCUGCGAACAAGAAGCAGAUCUUGUCUCCGGUUACUAUUGCAAAAUUGGGGUUAUGGAUACCUGGCUCGAGGAGACGGAGAGAAUGGCUAUUCAAACGCAAAAUGCUAAUCUCGUGUGUUUGUAUCGAACGACCACACCCUGCCUGACCCAUUGGCGGCUAAGUACCCAGGAGAAGGCGUCCCAGGACGCCUACCUAAGGAGAAAGGCCGACCAACACAGAGACAGAGCCCUGGUAUUGAGUGUGCUGGACGACUGGCCAACCAUCGCAGAAACAACUCGAAGGGCCAAAAUGAUGAGCAAGCUCCGCAAGUUUAGGUACGAGUACAAGGUUGAACUCGCCCAAACUUGCCUCAGCAAGUGGUUAUCAGCCACUGCAGAUGCUAUCAGCGAUGGCAAUGAGGCAUACAACAUCGCUGUCCACUACAAAAGAGAGGACAUAAACGACUGCCUCGAUUACUGGAAAGAUACGGCGAAUCGCGCGCAGGAAAUCCGACAGAUCGCCGCGGAUGCGGAACUUGAGGUUUAUUGUGGAAAAUGGCAAAGCCGUCUGCUCGAAGAACAGGAGAACAUGCAAGACGCCAUAGACUACGACGCGGAGAAGACACGUGCGGCCUGCAUGGAAAAGUGGGAGUUCCAGACCCUCCAGCAGGAAAGCAGGAGGAACAUGGCUGCCACAGUGCAGGAGAAGAACGAUAGGCGAAUGUGCUCUUCGCUUCUCAGCGAGUGGCAGAGAAAGGCCGUCCCGGAAGCGGCGGCAGCAAGGAUCGAUCCACGCUUGAACAGCACCAUCUCUCGCCGGAGCAUCCGCCAGCAACUGGCUUUGCAGUCUUCGAUAGCCGGCGGCGGCGGUCCCACAGCAAGCCAGUUGUUUAAUCUCCCUACAGACAACUCGGUACGAUUCAGCACCGCCACCACGGCAGCCACCGGACGCUCCUCCGUUCAACUGGGCCCCAUGGCCGAGUUUGACGAGGAAUCGUUCCAUCCCGACGCAGAAUCCAACGAUCCAGGUUUCAUGAGCACCCCGACCAAAUGGACCGGCAGCGCGAGACCCCUUGGAUACCGCCCCAGCAGCACAACCACACCGUCGGCUGUCCUUCCCUCGCCGUAUGAGCGGGAGCUGAGGGCGCGGUAUAGCAUCAGAGGAGCGUCGAGGUUGGGAGGGACAUUUGCCGACAUCAUGGAGGACUCGGCCGAGGAUGGGUACAGAUAG